AUGGCGGCCAACAUCCCCAUAUUCACCCUGAACAAUGGCCUCAAGAUUCCCAGCGUUGGAAUGGGGUGCUGGACCAACUACUCCAGUCACAAGUCUGUAUACAACAUGUGCAAGACUGCACUAAAGGUCGGGUACAGGCACUUUGACACAGCCGAGAUGUACGGCAACGAAGCAGCCGUAGGUCAGGCAGUCCGUGACUCGGGCAUCCCACGCCAGGAAAUCUUCGUCACCACCAAACUCAACAACGACGGGCACCACCGCGUGCGCAAGGCGUUCGAAGAGUCCCUCGCGGAGCUCAACAUCGGCUAUGUCGACCUAUACCUCAUGCACUGGCCGCAGGCGUCCAGAGGAGGGUUAUUUUCCGCGGAGCAGAACGCGACUUUCGUGGAGACGUGGAAGGAGAUGGAGAAGUUGCUGGACACAGGGAAAUGUAAAGCUAUCGGUGUCUCCAACUUCUCCAUCAAGACUCUUUCGGAGCUCUUGCCGCACGUGAAGGUCGUGCCUGCUGUUAACCAGGUUGAGAUGCACCCCUGCCUCCCGCAAGAAGAGCUUCUGCAAUUCUGCAAACAAAAAGGGAUCGUCAUGCAAGCCUACUCUCCCCUAGGCCAAGGCGACCACCGCUUCAUGCCCUACCUCGAGCCCAUUGCGCAAAAGUAUACAAAAUCCCUCGGGAAACAAGUCAGCACCGCGCAGAUCGCGCUGAGCUGGCUCGUGCAGCGUGGGGUCGUCGUGCUGCCGAAGAGCGAGAACGAGGGCAGGAUGAAGGCGAACAUCGACCUGAUCGAACUGCACGACGAGGACAUGGCGGCCGUGUCGGCGAUCCACAAGAAGCCAGGGAUGCACCGCAGCCUGUGCGGGUACCACUCGAGCGACGGGUCCGUGUUUGGGUGGUCGUACGAGAAGCUCGGGUGGAAUUUCAAGAAGGGGGGCGUCAUUUCGUGA